AGCUCUAAAUCCAGUCUGUUUUGGUUGUCCAUUCGGGUCAACACUAGCUCCGUCCUUUCGCAACUGCAAUGGAAACUCCCAUGAUCGCCGACGAAUAACUGUCUCCGACCAAUUAAUCCACUUAACAGAAAACCUAGGGCCUCAGACGCAUGAGUGGGGCUAGCCAACAAAUUUGCGUCUCUGGAGUGUGAUAUCCUACUCCCUUUCUUUUACGCGCCGCUGAGGAAGUAAUUCAGUGCUUACACGCAAAUAAUUCUAGUGCCUGCGCUAAAUACCGAGGUAUCAAUGAAUUUUUUGUGAUUUAAAUUCGACCAAACGGCAAUGCGGACUUGUACACUGAAUGACCAGAAUCUGAAAAUUCGGACUCGAACCGGGUAUUUCCUAUCUGUGUGGGAGGGAUGCAUUAAUUUUCGUAAAUAUCUCGCAAUAACACUGAGGUGAAGCGUUGUGAAUCUUUAUUAGUAUACACGUGUAAAAAGUAAAUAAUUCAGUUUUGUGUAGCGUUGCUGGAUAGGACGGUGAAUCACGGUAAAUUGUGUUGAACAGUGUUUGAUAAUGUUCUGCAACAAGCGAGAUUUCAAUUUGAUCUACCUCGGGGUUUGCUUCCUCGUGCUUACCAUGUCAACGACAGCCUUCGUCAGUAUACAGGAGGCUUUACUGGCUGGCGAGGGGCAUGAGGAAGUGGAGGGUGGAGAGUCAAAGAAGGGCUACAUUUGUUUGGCAAUAGAUUACAUCAUUUUAUCCCUGAGUUUAUGGCUUGGUCCCUCAAUUUUGACGGUUACCGGGGUAAAGGUGGCUCUGAUAAUUGGAUCUCUGGGUGACGUGGCCUACAACGCUGCUUUUUACUUUGACGACCCUUUGAUUAUAUUCCCAACGUGUGCCUUGAAUGGUCUCACACACGCGUUGUUAUGGACCGCGCAAGGGACGUACCUCAUCGACAACUCUACGCCGAAAACGAUAUCAAGGGACACGAGCGUUUUUUGGCUCGUACUUUGUGCUGCGCCAAUCGCGGGUCACCUGAUCCUUUUCUUCCUUCUGGAUGAGAAAGCGAAAGUGGACGCGGAGACUCGUUUGCUCAUCGUCCACGUUCUUGUCGGGAUCGCUGCCUUAGCUGUCUUUCUUUUCUGCUUUCUUCGGCCCCCUGCCUCCGAGGACCCAAACGCUCCCCCUAAAAAAAGGUCCCCCGGGAACAACGGAUUCUUGGAGGCCCUCGUUAAGUCAUGGAAAGUCUUCAUCGAUCCCGACAUGCUCUGUCUCUCGCCUAUCUUCUUCUUCUCUGGUCAAGUUGUAGCUUACAAUUCAGUCAUAUUCAUCAGCAGCGUUGGUUUCACCUUAAACUUGGCACCCGGUCACUCGAAACAGCUGGUUCCAAUGACAGGAAUUUUCAUUGGAAUUGGCGUCAUAAUUGGUGGCGUGAUUCAGUAUGUAUGUAAGAAGAAGUAUGAACACAAAUACGAGCGGAGUUUAUUUUUAAUCGCAGGAACCCUAGCUACAAUGGUUGCUUUCGCAUUAACUGUGCUAAAUAUGCCUGAUGAUUCGGUGUAUGGUGACACAUCGAAUGUUGGGUCUGUUUUCAACAGUGUUCCAAUAUGUCUUCUCUCGAGUGUACUUAUGGGAAUAGGCCAAAUGUACACUUUGUCAAACACGACCAACUUGGCAGCCGUAAUUUUCAGAAAAGAAAGCUCUCAGUGCUCGGCCGUUUUCAAUUUUGUAAAGUUUGGAGCCGGUGGUUUCAGCUACUACUUACCUCAGUGCAUGGGCCUGCACGGGCAAAUCGGUAUCCUAGCAGCGUUUGGGAUAGUGGGAGCAAUCCUGUUUUUAUACGUUGAUUGCAAAGUCGUGGCAAAAUUGCAGGAGGGCAAAACAUCGAGGGUAAAUCCCCCCGAAGAGCAGCUCGAGUUCAUGCCCAAGGAACACGCUGCCACGAUGAUUGUUAUGUCCAGUAAUUCCGCCCUCCAUGAUCUCCACGCGUAGAUUCCAAGCUUAAAGUCAACUCUAGGCUUACUGCCAAAAUCAUUCUUAUGCGUCAAUUAGUAAAGAUCGGAGAUAUUUCUUUUUCAACCGCCUCUCGUACAACAAACUUGGUAGAAGUAGUGUAUAAUUGGUCUGGGAGAUGGAAGAAAAAAGGCUCAGGUUCCAUGUUUUUAACCAACAAUUGUUUUUUAUAUUUUGUACAAUCUUUCAUCUUGAACUUUGUAAAUAAAAACUGAAAAACAUGAA